AUAAUUUCCGUGUACAAUUGAAAAAUACACUCUGCUGUUGGAGACUUCGUCUUCUCCCUGGUCACUUCUACUUACUUGCUCCACUCACACCGUGUUGUAUACUUCGGAUUUAUUGUAGGAGCCUACUACUUUCAACCGAAGACAUUUCUACAACCGGAACACAGCAGCUACAGCAGACGCAGUCCAAACAGUUAACGUGCCUGUGGAUUAUAUAAUUAAUUUGUAGCCGAGGACUUACACUUUAUAACCAAGUAAUCCUUUUUGUUGCUAUAACUCGUCACUGUAUUUUUGGUAAUAUAUUGUGAUUUAACACUCCACUGACUUGGAUUAUUACUUUUAUACUUGGAAUGUUAGUGAACUCUAAUAUUAGUCCCCUACAAAUUAAUUGGUGAGCCCGAUAAGAACACGGAUUAUUUUGGCAUAUUUAUAUUCUUAUUUUUGCUAUUUUUAUAUUCAUUGUGAUUUUGUGUGUGGUUUAUAUUUGUAUCCUAAUUUGCACCAAUAACCUCAUAUUAUAAUGUCAUCACCUCAGUCCGGUACAUCAAACGAGCAGACAACUAAUAGCGAGACAAAUGCCACAAUAAAUGCCAUCACUGAUUUUCGUUUACCCCAAUACGGUUUCGCAGAACCAAGGAUUUGGUUUGCGGUAAUUGAACCGUUGCUAGAAGCACGGGGCAUUAAGUCCCAAAUAGCCAAAUAUGGUAUGGUGCUGGCAGAACUCCCUCCGUCAGUAUUGACAGAAAUCAGCGAUUUCAUCGAAGAUCCUCCGACGGAACAUCAAUUUGAUAAACUUAAAGCCCUCCUCAUACAACGUACCAGUUUGUCGGAUGAGAAAAGAAUCCAACAAUUGCUCACAGGCUGUGAACUAGGCCCACGUAAACCAUCCCAGCUGCUCAGGCACAUGCGCCAGUUAAUCGGACAUCAUAAAGUAGACGAGGUAGUGCUGAAACAGAUGUGGUUGCAACGUUUACCUAGAAAUGUCCAGCAAAUUUUAAUCAUCUCAGGAAAGUCGUAUGACUUAGACCAACUAAGUGACAUGGCAGAUAGUAUUUUGGAUGUUUUAUCCGAUAACACCAUAAGUCACGUAGCAUCUGAUAGUGCCACACCGUGUCAUUCCACACCCACGGCAGACACACCGAUACUCGCCGCCAUUGCAGACUUAGCGGCAAGGAUUGACAAUUUGGAAACUAAUAAGUCUGAUCGACAAGUCCGGAGACGGAGUUCACAAAGAAGGUCACCAUCACGACGACGAUCCUUCUCACGACAGCGUUCUUACACGUCUUCUCGGGAUAGCAAUAUAUGCUGGUAUCACUGGAAGUUUGGACGUCAUGCCCUGAAAUGUGUAAAACCGUGCAGCUUUAGCGAAGCCAACCAGGCUCAGGGAAACGCCUCAGCCAGACAGUGAUGGCGACAGCUGUUACUGGCAAGCAAACAAGUCGCCUCUUCUAUGUGAAGGAUAAAACUUCAGACACUUUAUUCCUGGUAGACACGGGAGCAGAAGUUAGCGUAAUCCCUCCUUCACUAUCCAGGCGAUCUACACGGACACCCGGAAAACUGUCUCUCCGGGCAGCUAACCACACAAGCAUACAGACGUAUGGAGAGCAAUCCCUCAUACUGGAUCUAGGUUUACGUCGGCGUUUCACAUGGAUUUUCAUAGUAGCCGACGUCAGUCACGCCAUCCUCGGAGCAGAUUUCUUGAGUAAUUUCAACCUGUUAGUUGACGUCAACAAUAAAAAACUGAUUGAUAACAACACCCAUCUAAAGAUCCAUGGAAUUAUCUCCAGCUAUUCUGUCUAUAAUAUCAGUAUUGAAAGACCAGCAGAUUGCCCUUUUUCCUCCCUACUUCACCGUUUCCCUAAAAUUCUUAAGCCGUCGUACAACAUCGAGGACGUCCCUCACACAGUUACUCACAAGAUAGUUACUACGGGUCAACCAGUUCGUGCUCGUCCCGUAGAUUACCCCCGGACAAAUUGGCAGCAGCCAAGGCAGAAUUUGAACACAUGAUGCAGCUCGGCAUCAUCAGACCCUCCAAUAGUCCUUGGUCUUCGCCCUUACACAUGGUGCCUAAAGCUGAUCAUGAUUGGAGGCCAUGUGGGGAUUACCGACAUUUAAACAAUGCCACAGUUCCCGACCGUUAUCCUAUUCCUCAUCUUCAUGAUUUCUCCCUGACAUUACACGGAAAAACCAUUUUUUCUAAAGUAGACUUGGUCAGGGCCUAUCACCAAAUACCAGUUGCCCAAGAGGAUAUCGAAAAAACGGCCAUCAUCACACCUUUCGGUUUGUUUGAAUUUCUCCGCAUGCCAUUUGGCCUAAAGAACGCAGCACAAUCCUUCCAACGUUUCAUGGAUCAGGUCACACAAGGUUUGGACUUUGUAUUUGUAUAUAUCGAUGACGUUUUAAUUGCUAGCUCGUCGCCCGAAGAACAUACUGAUCACCUCACCAUCUUAUUUCAACGAUUUGAGCAAUAUGGAGUCGUCAUUAACCCCAAAAAGUGCAUAUUCGGUGUCUCCUCUAUACAGUUUCUGGGACACCACAUAACCACGAAUGGUAUUACGCCUACGGAGGAAAAGAUAGAGUCCAUCAAAAACUUCCCCGAACCAGAUUCACUCAAGAAGGUCAGACGUUUUUUGGGGAUGUUUAAUUUCUAUCGGCGUUUCAUUCCUUCGUGUGCCUCCAUCGUCCAGCCGUUAACCGACCUCCUUAAAAAUGAUCCUAAAAAGUUUCAGUGGUCAGCUGAAGCACGCGAAUCAUUUUGCAACGCAAAAGAUGCCUUAUCCAGAGUCACUAUGCUAUCCCAUAUCAACCCCGAAGCGUCGCUUAUUUUGUGCACAGAUGCCUCCCAAGUAGCUGUAGGGGCAGUAUUACAACAAAAGAUGAAGGGCGAAGUCACCCCACUCGCAUUCUUUUCUAAGAAGUUGGAACCGGCUCAGACACGAUACAGCACUUUUGGGAGAGAAUUGCUGGCCAUAUAUCUUGCAGUGAAGCAUUUCAGUUACUUACUACAGGGCCGGCAUUUCACUAUUUUUACUGACCACAAGCCCCUGUGUCAUGCUUUCACUACUUCACUUGAUAAACACUCCCCUAGAGAAGCCAGACAGUUGGAUUAUAUCUCCCAAUUUUCAACCGACAUUCAGUACAUCAAAGGGGAUGCGAACGUGGUAGCCGAUUCUCUUUCAAGAAGUGACAUUAACCAGCUCCAAACGUCGGUAGACAUCAGUCUUGAUCGUAUGGCUCAAUUACAAAGAGAUGACGUUGAACUCCAAACCUGCCGCAGAAACUCUUCCUUACAACUCAAAGAUGUGCCUAUCCCCUUAUCAGAUGCAACCAUAGUCUGCGAUGUAUCUACCGGCACUAAUCGUCCAUUUGUCCCUCUCAGUUGCCGAAAAGCAUUGUUCGAACAUUUACAUUCGCUUUCCCACCCUGGAGUACGCGCCACGGUCAGACUGAUCAGCGAACGCUUCGUGUGGCCUAAAAUGAACUCUGACAUUCGGAGAUGGGCACGAGAAUGUAUCCAAUGCCAAUGCUCCAAAGUACACCGCCACACUAUUACAACCCCGAAGACGUUUAAAUUACCCGAAAGGAGAUUUCAGCAUAUCCAUAUAGAUAUCGUGGGACCAUUGCCAACAUCAAGGGGAUAUACACAUAUCCUGACAGCGAUUGAUAGAUUUACUCGUUGGGCUAUUGCAUGCCCCUUAAACGACAUAUCUGCUGAAAACGUUGCUUUAGUUUUUCUCGACCGUUGGGUGUCAAACUACGGUGUACCAACUACUAUUACAUCCGACCGCGGUCCUCAAUUCCAAUCGACACUCUUUCGCGAACUGACGAGACUUCUGGGAGUGAAACAUAUCUCCACAACAGCCUAUCAUCCGGCAGCGAAUGGUCUAGUGGAAAGAUUCCACAGACAACUGAAAAGCUCCCUGAUGGCGCAGAAUGAUACAUCUAAGUGGAGUGAAUACUUACCUUUGAUUUUACUUGGUAUCCGAUCUACUAUCAAAGAAGAUUUAGGAUGUACACCGGCUCAACUUGUCUAUGGCACCAACCUAACCUUGCCUGGACAGCUAGUCCCCUCAGCCGAUUCCACAGACGUGAACAUUGCCGACUUCACUAACCGAUUAACUAGACAAAUGCUUCAACUUCAACCAACAGCACCUCGACAAUCUCCCCGACGAGAUCAGAUCAACAAACAUCUACAAACUUGCAAAUUCGUCUUCAUUCGAGUCGACGCCAUCAGAAAAGGAUUGCAACCUCCAUACGAAGGACCCUUUCAAGUUAUUAAACGUUCAGACAAACACUUUACAGUGAACAAGAAUGGAAAACGAGAGACUAUUUCCAUUGAUCGAAUCAAACCCGCAUACACCGACAACGACUUCGAAUCUACAUCGGCAACUGCGCAAUCAAAUAAUCAAACAUCCGAUUCCACUCCACCGGCACCAAGUCUUAUCCUCCCUCCAUAUCAAACACGUAGUGGUCGGCAAAUCAGUAAACCGGCUCGCUACGUUCAUUUUGAGGACUAACAAAAGAAAAAUAAUUAAAAAUUAUUAUUAUCUUUUUCGUUUAGACAUUAUCAUCAUGACCGUUAGUAUUUCGUCGUAAACUUUGAUGUUACUAUCACUAUUAUUUAUUUAUAUGUACCUCACCGAAAAAACAGGUAGUGUCCUUUCCAAAAACUAUUGAUCUUUAAUCCAUAUUUUUUUUAAUGUUUCUUUCCCCUCCUUAAUUACUGUGUAUUUACAUAUUUUUCUUUAUACAUUAAAAAUCUAUGUUCAUGGUUAGUGCAAAUUUAAGUGACAUGACUUUCUAUUUCAAUUUUUAUUGCUGAACUUAUUGUAUAUGCUUUCAGACUUUACAUGAUUCACAUACCUUCUCGCGUUUAUGCAUGUUGUAAUAUAUCCCUAUUUUUAUCCAAAAGUUGCUAUUACUAUUAUUAUUUACUUCAUAGUUUUACGUAUCAUUUUCCGGUUGUCUCUCCGGACCUCUAGGGGGGAGCCGUGUUGAGUACGUAACAAUGUGAUUGUACACUUUUUAGGUACUUGUAUAAAUUCGAGAUAUUGUACAUAAUUUUUGUUUAAAUCGCUUCUUGUUGAAAUAUACAUAAUUUCCGUGUACAAUUGAAAAAUACACUCUGCUGUUGGAGACUUCGUCUUCUCCCUGGUCACUUCUACUUACUUGCUCCACUCACACCGUGUUGUAUACUUCGGAUUUAUUGUAGGAGCCUACUACUUUCAACCGAAGACAUUUCUACAACCGGAACACAGCAGCUACAGCAGACGCAGUCCAAACAGUUAACGUGCCUGUGGAUUAUAUAAUUAAUUUGUAGCCGAGGACUUACACUUUAUAACCAAGUAAUCCUUUUUGUUGCUAUAACUCGUCACUGUAUUUUUGGUAAUAUAUUGUGAUUUAACACUCCACUGACUUGGAUUAUUACUUUUAUACUUGGAAUGUUAGUGAACUCUAAUAUUAGUCCCCUACAGAGGCAUCAAUACAGCCGACAUCGUCUCAUCGGUCGCUGUUCAGAAAGAAGUCAGACCAAAACUGUCAGAAACCUUAGUUAAAACUUAAUUUUAAAGCUGCCUAUAUGUUGGUGUUACAAUAAAGAAUUCUCGAGUAGCCAAUCGGUGUUUUGGUUUUGCGUCCGUUAUUACUAAGCGUUUCUGAGGAACUUCAAGGAACAGCGUGAGUCCCAGUGUAGCAAGAGCUGGGCAUUGACGGUUUACGUGACGUGGCCGACACAUACCUUCAUACAUUGUUGGGAAUUACAAAUCGCCACAAGCCCACCCCUAAUUUUCAUUCUCUGUAUAUUAAAGUGAAAUCCAAAUUCACAAGAAAGUUGAAUGCUUACAGAUGAAAGAAUGUGUGGCAAUUAUGUAAUCCGCAUUAAAGGUACUCGAAAAACAUCCCAAAAAUUGACUGAUAUUAGUGUUAUCUAUUUCUGAAGUGUUUGAAAGCCAACUUAUUUUUCACUUUAUAUAUAUAUAUAAACUUCGAAAUACGUUUCAGACAAUGGAUGAAUCCACUAUGAAGUAAAUAUUGUGUCAGAAACUGCGAUUCCGAAGGACUAAGAGGUGCCAUGAGAAGGAGACAGGUAAAUAAAAUAUGAGAAAAAGGCUUCCGAUGUCAUGAAUCAUAGUUUGUCAGGCUUACAGCACAUCGUCAUAGACAUUUUUACCCCAAAUCUACAAAACCUGGCUUUAUCAAACUGAUACGUGUUGUGACUGUGUGUUUCAUUACCAUCCGCGUAGAAUGGCUUACAUUCUGUGAUGUCAGCAUGUAAAUAAGUCGAUAUCCAACGGCAUUCGCUUAGACAGAGAGCCGAGAUUCUCUAUAAAUCACUGAUGUCGU